AAUAAAAUAAUGGUUAGAGAAUACUGCCAAUCAGCUGAGAAGGAGCGGAGAAAACUCUGGGGGCGUGGAACAUGAAUCUACUAGUACCAGCCACGCGCUCUCACCAGAGAUACAUUUGAAGAAGUUCUAACAGAAGAGAGGAGUGUUUUUGGCAGUAAUGCACUAUAACGUUGGAUGCCGAUAAAAGAAGAAGAGUGCGAGUUAUUGAUCGCUAGAUCUCGGUUGGAGAUAUUGAUGUUUACCGCUGAUCUGCCGCAUGUGAAAGAGAGAGGAGCAGCGCAUGCUUUCUCAGCCAUAAUGUCUCACUGGGUAAGUCCUCCCCCUGCUGGUGAAAGACAGUACCUCACCCAACAGGAAAGGGAACAUCAGUGGCUGAACCAUGAGGAAGAAGCUUCCAUGUGGGCUCACUACAACUGCCAUCGACAAAACUCUCAAAUGGACAUCCGUAGACAUGGGGCACAAGAGACCCAGUCACCUCCACUGUAUCAUCAGGACCAUCACAGAAUGGCUCAGAGUCAGAACAUAGGGGAUUGGCCCAAUCUCUAUGUACCCUUGAGAUGCCAGGCACCCCCUAAUGUAACCUUACACCACAGUGGAGCUAGAACAGAAACAUGGGCUAAGUAUGAACCCCACCUCCCCAGCUAUGAGUUUUUGCCCCCACUCAUUGUUGAAAGAGGGCAUGAGGAUAUUUCCCUUCACCAUAACGCUGACUGCGAUUAUAUGGUUGGUCGGAUAGUGAAUCAUAACAAUCUCCAUUACUUGGAAAGCAAAUGGCAGAUGUUCAAUUCCACCCAUGCUAGAGGACAUUUUAAUGAAUGCUCAAGAGGAUGUUCUAAGGGUGGGUCUAGUGGACGUUCGAGGGGUGGGUCUAGUGGACGAUCUAGGGGUGGUUCUAGUGGACGAUCUAGGGGUGGUUCUAGUGGACGAUCUAGGGGUGGUUCUAGUGGAUGUUCGAGGGGUGGGUCUAGUGGACGUUCUAGGGCCCAUUCCAGCAGGUCUCCCAGGCUGGACUUCCAGGCUAAGCAUGUCACCCCUUCUCAAACUACGACCAACAGUUCUCCAGACAUUCAGAACGCCAACAACACUCCAACUGUUCCUGUGGUCAACAACGAACACAGUGAAACAACAUCAGGACGAACAGCAGGUCCUGUGAGAGAUUCUAUAUCACUUGUGCAGGCCUUCACUUCGACUACUCAGCAGUGUGUUUCUAUGGAUCUCCCUUCCACGGGAGGUAGAGAAUCUGGUGUCGUUGACCUAAAAGCAGCCCAGGUAACAAAUGCAGACACCCAUGGUAUACUAGGACCUAGUGUUCCUUCCCAAACCAUAACACAACAAACCAAUAAUCUUCCUGUCAAUGCUGCUCUGGUUUCUCACACCCAUACCUCUUCCACCCCUGAACAGCAACAUACUCCCUCUCCUUCUCCCAAACCUCUCACUGAGACACCUCAGGACAAACCACCUCAUAAACAUAAGACCUCACUCAAUGAAAUACAGGACUGGCUCCAGAGUGUUUUAAGAUCUAAAAAUGGACCCGUAAAUGGGAACAACUCUACACAAGACCCCUCUCAGUCCCAACAAUCCAGCACAGAGAAGAUGGCUGUUUUACAAGCAGGCAAUACGCACCGACAUCUAAACACCAAAGAUGACCAGGCGAGGCCCCCUGAGAGGUUUAGUGCUGAGGACUCCACUGUACGGCUGGAGAUUAAGUCCACCCCCAGGUAUAUAACCCAGACGGCAGUCACCACCGCUCCGCCUCCUGUGGCUAUCGUCCCUCCAAUGGGUCCACAGCAGUCCCCAGAGCCCAUGGAGACAGAGAAUGCAGGCAAUGAGGUGCCAUUUAAGAUUUUACAUGCCUGGUCCAUCAACGAACAACAGGCGGGAAGACUGUGGGAAAGAGCUAAAGAUGAUGCAAGUUCUCUAUCUGUCCUAAAUGAGACAGUUCAAGUUGAGAGUGUUAUGGAGUAUGAUAAGCCUGUAGAUGCGUCUGCAACAAGUUCACUGGCAUCUAUUGGAGAGGACAAUGAUGAGGUCCUUCAGGUCAUCGCACAGAUGGACAAGAGUUCACCUUUACCGUUUGUCCACACCAACCCUCAGGCAACUGAUAUUGUACGCAUAGGUGGUACACAGAUAAUUGUGGAAGUUAGCUCUAAUGGCGCAGAUGAGAGAACUCUUGAUUUGUCCACAAUUUCUGAAGUUCAGUUCAAGUUAAGUACGCUUCAGCAACUGGUUAGUUAUCUGGAGAGUGCAGCAACAGUCACAGAUGCAAAGGAUGGUUGUCUAAAGGCCAUAUUGGAGCUGUAUUGGGGCGGGGAUACCUCUAACCUGGUUAAAGCUUUAAAAGAUAAAAGGGAUGAGAAAAUAAUGCAGGAUGUGUCUGCCUGGGCCGUAGAGGAUGAGAAGGCAGUGGUUGUCUUUGCAGUCAGUGGUAUAUCACUCGGGGAAGUGGUCGAGAACUUUCCCAUUCCAGCACAUGUUGACAGCUCUUCCCACAUGGGUUACAGGUCAUCAUGGUUAAAUGUCAACGAGAAGCUGUAUGACAUUGACAAAGAAUCUGGAAGAGCUUGGUCCCUUUGGUUCAUACCAGAUAAAGCAGAGGAGAGUUCCAAAGUGGUUGGGGAAGUCAAAAUGGAUGACACCUUCCACAGCAAGAUGGAGACUGUGGACUUGCCUGCACGACAACCUGUUGAAGCUGAAUCAACAGACUCAGACCUCGCAACAAACACAGCCCUCAUGAUGGAUGCAGAAGCCCCAAAAGAAACAGACCUCCCAACAGAUGCAGACUCAGAGACCGAACCCCUUUCCCCAAUGAUUUUGACCGUCCUCACAUCAGAGGAUGCUGUGAGACUGCUUGCUGAAACAACGGCACCAGACGCAGACCUCACAACAGCCUCAAACUGCCCAACAGAUGCAGACUUCAACACCGUCACAGACCUCACAACAGACUCGGACACAGACACCCUUUCCCCAAUGAAGUUGACCAUCCUGACAUCUGAGGAUGCCAUGAGACUGUUUUGCCAGAUCGAAAAUGGCUCUGACCUCCAACUCGGGUCCCCUGAACCAUGCUCUGAAAACAAAGAUAAGACACAGACAAAGCAACUAGAGAAUAUAGUAAGUGGCAGCUUAGAUAAGUCUUGCUACUGUCCUUGUAUUAUUGAAACUGACAAUGGGUUUGAAAGUGGCCUAUGCUCCAGUUGUCAGAGAGAGAAAGGAUUGCAGCAAGGUACAAGAUGCAUAACAAUUGCUCACUGCUUUACCCUUUCAGAUACAAGCAACAAUUCAGAUCAGGAGACAGAAGAGGUCCCUAAGGACUCUGGGGGGAAGGCGACUGUGGACAAUCAACACACGGACAAGAAGCCACAUGCGUUACACAAGAGGAGACAUUCGACUGAAAGUGAUAGAAAUCGAUGCAAAGACGAGAAGAGGGGAUCAUCAACUGAGAAAGCGUGUGAGGGCAGUCAAUCCAGGGACGACAUGAAGCCACUGAAGAGGAGACAUUCAACUGAGAAAGAGAGCGAGAACAAUCAAAGUAGGGACAAGAAGAGGAGACCUUUAAUUGAAAAAGUGGGUGAGGGCAGUCAAUCUAGGGACAAGAUGUCACAGAAGAGGAGAAAUUCAACUGAAACUGAAGGCAGGAACUCUGGUGACUCCAAGGAGUUGCAGUGCCAGUUGGUGGAAAGAGAGAGGGACAGCUGCAGUGGAAACGCACCGCCGUGCCCUGGGGUGAAAACCCUCCAUGUGCAGGGGUCCUCAACUACCACUGUUCCUCUCAAACUCUUCAUAAACGUCCCCAAAAAGCCUUCUACAAACGGCUCACCCUCCAAACAUGCUGAGGAAGUCCCCAAUAUGCCAAUGGAACAGCCAAAAACUAAAGCCCCGAACAAAACUAGCAGACACCGCUCCCCUGCAAAGUCAGUGUCUCCUGUUGUCAAAGAGUGGCAGAGGAAUGGCGUCAAACACAAGCAAAAAAUUCAACUCCUGAAAGUCAGAUUGGAAAAGCUGUCCUUAUCCAAACAUCUUGUCAGGAAAGGUUCUCCACCAAGCCGGAAUAGAGAGGAAGGUUCCCCACCAAGGCAGAAGAUGGUGGAGGAUAGAGGAGACCCGGGGGGUUUAGUGGUAAAGGUUUCUAAGAAUCCUGACUUGUCCAUGAAACUAAAACAUAAGGCAGAGAGUGACUUGACAUCCCAACAGAAGUUGACAAAGAUUCCGAAGGUGUUGAAUAGUAAUGAGAAAGGAUGGUUUUCAAAAAGCGAGUGUGAGAACGACUCGCCGCCCCCCAAGCCAAAGCUGCCAAGGAUUCCCAAGCUUCCGAGGACUCCAGAGGUUUCAAAGGAUGGGAAUGAGGGAGAGAACAAAGAAGAGACAUCUCCCAGUGCUUCACCUGAAUCACAAACGCUGAACAAACCUGCAAGAGUGGCACACAAGCCGAAACCUUUUAUCAAGCCUGCCAGUCACAAUGGUAAUAGCCCAGGUAGUCAUGCUUUCCCUAAUUCGGAAAGGGUAUCGCCGCCAUAUGGCCAUUUUGGGGCAAAAGUCUCUGCGAGGCAGCAGGUGUUCUCUGAUUGGGAGAGCAGCUUUGUCCCGACUCCAACCCCCCGGACUCGCAGACGAUCAGGGUGGCCUCCAGAGGAAGUAGAAGGUCCACAGGCCAGUCCCAGGUCCAGCUCGGAGACCAGGAUCAUCCAACCCAUUCUAAAACGUGUCGAUGCACCGGCAAAACCCAAGCGGAACAUCAGCUUCGCUUUGAAUCCAAGGAAGGUGCACUACUUCAAGCCCUGUGAAUAUGAAAAUGACGUCAUGUUCAACAGGUCUUACAUGGAUCCUGAAGAUGCACAGUGUUCUGAUGAGGAAGAGGAAGAUGCUUCUGUGAACUGCCAGAACACGAAGGAACAGCCCCCUGUUAGGGAAGAGAAGCGGCAAGAUAUAGGGGAGCUGAAGCCUGGACCAAGCGGUGCAUGUGAAAAGAGCUUCAAAAGGAAACGUGAAAUACAUAAGCCUGCUGCCAUUUUGAUGAAGAAGAGCAUUGUUCAGGCAAACCAUUGGAUGAAGUCUCUCCAUCGUUAACCUCCAAAAGACUCCAGACACUCUGUUAAGGACACCAAUCACAAGCCACUGUCAAACGAAUAUG